CCUCCAAUUUCCCAUUAAUUACCCUUUAAACCCUCUCUUCCUCCCAUUACAAGUUCACAGUCUCACACUGUGACUCCAGCUUGUGAGUCACAAUACAAACCCUUCAUAUCUCUCUCUCUCUGUGAACUUGCAAACAACAAUGGCGAGCCCAAGUCUGUAUGUUCUUCUACCUUUCACUUUUUUUCUUCUCAUCCUCCAUUUCCUUUUCUCCCAAGCUUCGAAAAACCCAGAUUUGGAACCUCUCUUGGCGUUCAAAGCCUCUACAGAUAAAGCAAACAAGCUUACAACUUGGAACUCCACCACCAACCCAUGUACCUGGACAGGCGUCUCGUGCCUCCACGACCGAGUCUCGCGACUCGUCCUCGAAGACCUCGAUCUCCAGGGCUCGUUCGAGUCACUCACCGCUCUGACUCAGCUCCGAGUUCUCAGCCUCAAGCAAAACCGUCUCUCAGGUCCCAUUCCUGACCUCUCCAACCUCACGGCUCUUAAGCUCCUCUUCCUCUCUCACAACGACUUCUCCGGCGAGUUCCCGCCGUCAAUGCCGACUCUUUUCCGACUGUACCGUCUCGAUCUGUCGUACAAUAAUUUUUCCGGCGAGGUUCCAGUAUCGGUCAGCGGUUUGACCCACCUCCUGACGCUCCGGCUCGAGGAGAACCGGUUUUCCGGUUCUAUUUCCCGUCUGAACCUCCCGAAUCUGCAGGACUUCAACGUCUCCGGUAACCGCUUCUCCGGUGAAAUACCCAAGUCUUUAUCAGGUUUUCCCAUUUCUGCUUUUGCUCAAAACCUGGGUCUCUGUGGGUCACCCAUUGAGCAAAAGUGCAAAAGCCUCGUUAGUGAUCCGACCCGACCUGGGUCUGAAAACGGAGCCAUUGCCUCACCUUUAAUACCAGGUCCUAACCCAAAAACCACAGUAUCAUCAUCACCGAGUUCAGUUCCUUCAACCAGAACAACAUCGCCAUCAAAAUCAGAAAAUACUGGCCACGCUGGAGCCUCGAAAAUAAGCCCUGUAGCAUUGAUAGCCAUAAUCGUGGGCGACGCAGUGGUCCUAGCUGUCGUGUCUCUAAUCCUCUACUGCUAUUUCUGGAGAAACUACGCUUCAAAAAUGCGUGACGGGCAGGGGAAGUCGUCAAAGCUGAUAGAGAGCGAGAAGAUAGUGUACUCGUCGAGCCCAUAUCCUGCUGGGGCUGGGGCUCAGUCCGGGUUCGAAAAGGGUCGCAUGAUGUUCUUCGAAGGGGUGAGGCGGUUCGAGCUGGAGGACUUGCUUCGAGCCUCGGCGGAGAUGUUGGGGAAAGGCGGGUUUGGCACAGCCUAUAAGGCUGUGUUGGAUGAUGGGAAUGUGGUAGCGGUGAAGAGACUCAAGGACGCGAGUGUGGGAGGGAAGAGAGAGUUUGAACAGCACAUGGAGGUGUUGGGAAGGUUGAGACAUCCAAAUGUGGUUAGUCUUAGAGCUUACUAUUUUGCAAGGGAGGAGAAAUUGUUGGUCUAUGAUUACAUGCCCAAUGGGAGCUUGUUUUGGCUUCUUCACGGUAACAGAGGACCCGGAAGAACCCCACUAGACUGGACCACGAGGCUGAAAAUCGCAGCAGGAGCAGCUCGAGGACUAACCUUUAUUCACAACUCAUGCAGGUCCCUUAAGCUCACCCACGGUAACAUCAAAUCCACCAACAUCCUCCUAGAUAAAUCGGGGAAUGCACACGUGUCAGACUUUGGACUCUCAGUCUUUGCUGCCCCCACUAAUGGGGGCCCACGAUCCAGCGGCUACCGUGCUCCAGAAUCAUCAGACGGUCGAAAACUCACUCAAAAAUCCGACGUGUACUCUUUUGGGGUUCUUCUUUUAGAAUUACUCACAGGGAAGUGUCCCUCUGUGGUGGACAAUGGUGGUGGGCCCGGAGGAGGAGGGUACAAUAGUGGGGUCGUUGAUCUUCCUAGGUGGGUCCAGUCUGUGGUCAGAGAGGAAUGGACGGCUGAGGUUUUCGAUUUGGAGUUGAUGAGGUACAAGGAUAUUGAGGAGGAAAUGGUUGGGUUGUUGCAGAUUGCAAUGUCUUGUACGGCUGCCUCCCCUGAUCAACGGCCCAAAAUGAGCCACGUCGUCAAGAUGAUCGAUGAGAUACGUGGGGUCGAGGUUUCACCUGGUCACGACACGUUGGACUACUUGUCUGAGUCACCUUCCAUGUCCGAGGAUACGUGCGGCGCGAGUCAGUGAUUUUUCUUUCUUUCUGAGUUUAUAUAUUUGUUAUAAACUACUAGUAUUUGUUUGGACUUUGGACCAUCUGUGUAAAAAAAAAAAAAAAAUGGCAACUGGUUUUGUUUUGUCUCA